AUGAACACCCGUCUUACAGUCGCCGCUGGCGUCUUGGUUGCGCUGAACGCGCUGCCACUCGUCAGCGCUCAAUGCCAGACGACGUCGGGUUUGUCCUGGAGGCACAAGCCAGACGUCAAGGACAACGCCAUCAGCGCAAAUGUCAUCGCCAACGGCUUAACUAAGCCUCGAAGUGUUAGAUGGGCAAACGAUACGCUUAUUGUCGUUGACCAAGGCGUGGGUCUUGUUGCGUUUGUCGAAGGAGGCAACGACUGCGCAAACGGCUGGUCCAAGUCUGUCCUCGUACAGAACACAGACCUGAACCACGGCUUGGCGAUCCAAGGCUCCACAAUUUACGCGAGCUCAGUGGACAAUGUCUUCAGAUAUACCAUCAAUUGGUCCAAUAGGUCCGUAUCAUCUCCAGAAACAAUUAUACAGGGAAUGAAUCUUGCCCAAAAUCACAAGACAAGAACAUUGGAGCUGUAUGAAAAUUGGAUUCUUGUCAGCGGAGGUGCCAGCGGAAAUCUCGAGGACGAGUCCGUCGACGCCUCACAUGGGACUGCUCAGAUUCGUAGGUUUGCGUUGAACGGGACUGUACCAUCGGGUGGCUAUCGAUGGUUCGAUGGGGAGCUCGUUUCUUUUGGUAUGAGAAACGCCGUCGGGAUUACGAUGGGAGCAGACGGCAGGCAUCUAUGGACAGUCGAAAACUCUGCGGAUCAGUUGAACUAUACAAGUGGAGGUAAUUUGGUCGACAUUCACAAGGAUAAUCCAUCUGAAGAGCUCAAUGUCGUGGAUAUGAACUCUAUCGGGAAUUUCUACGGCUACCCGAACUGCUUCACUGCGUGGGAUAUGGGUUCGGUUGUGUCUGGCACGUCUCUUGCCACUGGAGACCAGUUCUCUAUCGUUCCCAACGUUACAGACGCGCAAUGUGGAAACACGACGUAUAAUACCCCGCCGAGGCUCAGCAUGCAAGCCCACUCGGCACCGCUCGACAUUCAAUUUUACAAAGCAGAUGGCGUCGAUGAAAACGUGGCUGUUACAAAAGACUGGAAUACGCAUGCAUUUGUCAGCUUCCACGGUUCUUGGAACAGAGAUCCGCCCACCGGAUACGGAAUCGUAAGGAUACCAUGGUCCGGAAAUGAACCUUCUGCCAAAGCGGACGCAAAGGAUGGAUACAGUUUCAUCCUCCAAGCAUCUGAUUUGGCGGCGUGCCCCAACGGGUGCUUCCGGCCAGUGGGUCUCGCGUUUGAUUCUCGAGGGAGAUUGUUCGGUACUUCUGAUACCACUGGCGAGCUGUUUGUUAUCCACAAGGCUACUGCCGCUAGUGCGGCGCUGAGGAUGGCUAGUUCUAGCACCUGGUUCAUCAUUAUUACGACAUUUAUGGCAGCUUACGUUAUUACAUGA